AUGUCAAUGUGGCCGGAUUACCCCAACCUAACCAGAAUCAGACACAGUCAGUCCCCGCUUCCCACCAGGUUACUAGGGCACGCAAGUCGACCAGGCUGCAUACUCACAUUUGUCUGUGUUUUGCUGCAUGCCAAUACCUUUGUCCUCACAUCUGAUACCGCUCCACGUAAGCUCUACGCCUUGCUCUCCUCUUCAGCCCUCCACCACCCCUCACCCCCUCGCCUGCAACCUAAACAACCGUCUAGCUCAGCAGGAUCACCCAGCCUGACCUUCCUGCUUACCAGAUUGCCCAAAUCCUGCAUCAAGGAUGGGCCUGACUUCAACGAGCCCCUCGCGUCUGUAGCAAUGCUCCAGCUGACCACCAAGUUGCAGUGUCCGCCCACGAGAAUCAGUGGCUUAAUGACCAGAUUGUCGACACCUUUGUCACCAGCCGGCCACCUGCAGCCCUCCAAGCCCAAGGUCGUCCGGCAGGCCUUUGGCUCCAGUAAAGAUACUGCCAUUGCCCAUUGCUUCACCACCACCAACUCUCCCUCCGAAAAAUCUUGCUCGCCCAGAUGCUUCAGCGACGCGGUGCCCUAUACAAAGUCUCCCCCAAUCAAUCCUCAGCGGUAG